UGAAUGGUAUAUAAGGAUCUUUUUUUUUUUCUUUUUUGUUACCUUUCUUCAAUUCAUCAUCCAAAAACAAAUCCUCAUUCCCUUCCUUUUACUUAAAAAAAUCAAAAUAUGCUGAGCCGAUUCUUCGUUUAUGUGGUAGCAUUCGCUAUGAUGCUUCAACUUGCAUAUGCUUUGUCAAAGAAAGAUAUCAACUCCAUUGUCAACACUCAUAACAAAUUUCGCAAAAUCCACAGUGCACCUGCUUUGAAAUGGGACAAGAAACUCGCUCAAUAUGCACAAAAUUGGUCCAACAAAUGUGUCUUUCAACAUAGUGGCGGUCCUUAUGGUGAAAAUCUUGCUAUGGGCUACGGUUCAUUGAACGCAGCCAUCCAAGCCUGGUACGAUGAAGGCAAGUCUUAUAACUACAACAAUCCUGGUUUCUCUAGCUCUACUGGACAUUUCACUCAAGUCGUAUGGAAAGGUACUACCAAGAUUGGCUGUGGUCUUGGUAAGUGUAAUGGUCGUAAUAUCCUGACUUGUUCAUACAAGGCACCUGGCAAUAUGCUUGGUGAUUUCCCUAACAAUGUACUUCCUCCCAAAUAAAUCAUCAAAUAUAUAUUGUGAUAGUAGAACAGUAUUCUUUAGCAAUGAUGGAUUUUUGAUAUUAUCAUCUAUCUUGUAUUUUCAAUAAACUACCACAUGUCUUGUCUUUUUUUUUUUU